AUGUGUCGCACAGUACACGCUCUGCUCUCCACAGUAAUAUGUGGUACUCAAAUGCUGGUGAGGGUCUUUAUGACCACGAUCCUUAUGCUGGAGAACAUAAUCCGCAUGAUAAUGCAAACACUUUAUAACUUCAUAUCAUUCAUGCUUCAAAUGGUCUCACUUAUACCCAUCUGUGUGGUGUUCCUGCUGACGGCAAGAAUGAAAUGCUUCAUGUGCGGCGGCGGCGGACCCUGCCCCGUCAACAGAGGCGGCGCGUGCGACUGUCUCAUGUCUGUAUUCGCCAUCAUAAUCCUAUUUCUCAUAUUCCGUGCUACUGGCGUGCUUGAUAAAAUAUUCUACACCAUCGGAUAUGCAAAAGCUACUUCUCACAUCGCUCGAUUUGUACCAACCCCUGGCGAGAUAACAGAAUGUUCCAGAAAUGAUACAGAUACUGAAUACAUAUUCUACCCUGUCGAGACUACGACGGAAGAAUACUACGACGAAGAAGAGAAUAGUACGACGUUUGCAACUUUUGGUUCAGAGUCGGUAUCAGAUGCAGAGAAUGCUGCUACUACAGAGGAAACAGCAGCCAUUCUUCGUUUUACUCCUACACACACUUAUAUAGAAUCCUACUCCACAUACUACAAUACUCCGUCAAUAUCUGGACCUGGAAAGUUCCGAGCUGAUAUAGAAGAAGUGGACUUAGGUGCAGGUGAUAAGGCUAGAUGGUGGGAAGAAAAUAGGGUAAGUGUGUUUGUAAUAACUAACAUGACGAGAACACCGGUAUAA